AUGUAUGGAGCUCCAGUGGAUUUAUCCUUUAAACAAAUCAGCAGUUUGGCAGAUGCAUGGACAGAGGAACCAAGCAGCAGUCUAAGACCUUUAAAGAAAAAUUCAGAGAUGAAGUACCAAAGCCGCUCCCUGCGUCUCAAUAACAACAACAUCACAGACCUUCUUGACCUCCAGAAGCCUGUUAGCCACUUCCUGGCUGAGCCAUCACAGCUCGCCUGGCUGGACCUGUCCUUCAACAAAAUCUCACACAUAGAUCAAGCUCUGUGUGAGCUAAGUGAGCUACGUGUGUUGUAUCUUCACGGCAACAGCAUUUUUAUUCUGUCAGAGGUGGACAGGCUGGGAGUGCUGCCGCAUCUACACAGCAUCACUCUGCAUGGAAAUGUCAUUGAAACCAACAAGGCUUACAGGAAUCGUGUGAUUUCUGUUCUGCCUUGGUUAAAGACAAUGGAUUUCAGCGCUGUAACACGCCAGGAGCGAGUCAUGGCAAAGAUUUGGCAUCAGAGCAACAACCGCAGCAGAAGCAGCAAGGAGACUGCUGCUCAUCUCCAUCGUGGUGUGUUGAAAUAA